AUGGUGCGAAUUCUCCGAUCGACGGUUAUGGUCAGAGUUGGCGGUGGAUGGGUGACCCUGGAGGAGUUCUUGCGAUCACAUGAUCCAUGCCGGGCAAUCGCAUUAGACAACAAUUUUGUGGACAAACAGACAUUUUCGUUCAAGGGAGACUUCGCACGCCCAACUCUGUGGAUGUCGACUGAUUUACGCUGUGGAUGGAGGUUGAUG